GAUCUCCACUGAGGCCCUGGAAGCCUGCCGCCUGUCUGCUGCACGUUCCUCAGCGCCAUGAACGACAUCUACAAAGCAGCGGUUGAGCAGCUCACAGAUGAGCAGAAAAAUGAGUUCCGCGCCGCCUUCGACAUCUUCGUGCAGGACGCGGAGGACGGCUGCAUCAGCACCAAGGAGCUGGGGAAAGUGAUGAGGAUGCUGGGACAAAACCCCACCCCCGAGGAGCUGCACGAGAUGAUCGACGAAGUGGACGAGGACGGCAGCGGGACGGUGGACUUUGAGGAGUUCCUGGUGAUGAUGGUGAGGUGUAUGAAAGACGACAGUAAAGGGAAGUCCGAGGAGGAACUGGCUGAACUCUUCCGCAUGUUCGACAGGAAUGAAGAUGGUUAUAUAGACCUGGAGGAGCUGAAGAUGAUGUUGGAGGAGACGGGAGAGACCAUCACUGAGGACGACAUCGACGAGCUGAUGCAUGACGGAGACAGAAAUAACGACGGGAGAAUCGACUAUGAUGAGUUUAUGGACUUCAUGAAAGGUGUGGAGUAGAGUGUGAUGGUGCAGACAGGACGAGCCGAGCAUCGGCGUCCAGCAGUGAGAAUUUAACAGUCAAUGUAACAUCAGUGACGUAACGCUUAUGAUGAAACGUUCACAUGUGUACAUAAAAUGGGCAAAACCUC